AUGAGUUCUUCCCUGAGUAUCAUACCUCAGUCAACGGGAUAUGUUGUCCAAACAGAGCUAAACCCUCUGAAGUUACAUUUUGCAGCAUUUACGUGUGCGCAACCAUUGGCGGCUGGAGAUGAGCCAUCCGUUCCCAGAUGGUGGUAUAAUUCCGCCACUGGCGUUUGCCAACAAUUCAUGUGGGAUCCAAAUAGUAUCGAAGGAACUUCUCCUAACAAUUUUAGGACUGUCGAACAUUGUGAAAGCUAUUGUAAAGACACUUGUGCACGGGGCUCCGCAGAGUUUGUUCGCUCUACUUCUGCGAUAUAUGAUGAAGCGGCAAAAACAGGUUGUAUGUCGACAAGAUCGACUUGUGACAAUGAACAUGAAUGCGUUCUCAUAGGAUCCACACAGAUUUGUUGUCCCACAAGAGAACACAUCUGCAGCCCUUAUGGUGGUCGAGAGUAUGUGGAAAAGCCAAAAACAAACUUUGAUCGAGGUGUAAGCAUUGCUGGAAGUCGUUCUGCAGUGCGCUACUACUACGAUAUUGAAAAAGGAAAAUGUCUAAACUUUGUUUAUCACGGGCUUGGCAACUUCAAUAACUUCUACACAAGGCAAGAGUGUGAAGCGUUUUGUUCAAGAUUGGUAUGCCCCAACGGGUCAGCUCUUCGAAUCGGUGAUGAUUGGCAGCGUUGUCAAACAUCAGCCGAUUGUCCAUCAUCGCAUAGCUGCAACAGCGUUCUUCAUGUGUGUUGCCCCACAUCUCAGAGUAUAUGCACUCAACCAAAGCAGCCUGGGGACUGCACAUCCGCAGUGAGACGUUAUUGGUACAACUCAGCGUCCCGUCACUGUGAAAUGUUCUACUACACUGGAUGUCAGGGAAAUGAUAACAAUUUCAACACUCUCGUGCUUUGUCAGCAAACUUGCAAAGGCAUAAUAGGUAAUGGAGAGUAAUA